AUGUGGGAUAAUUGGAAGAUAGCAAUAAAUCUGUUUUAUAUUAUUAAUAUUGCACUUGUGGUGGUAUCGUUCUGGAGUGAGUUUGUUUGGGAGUUUUAUGUGAAUCCACUGUUUUUAUUGGAAUGUUUUAUUCUAUUGGGAUUAGUCACCUCUGAUUAUUUAUUACCCUCGUUAUCAAUAAUUUCAACCGAUGUUUUCAAUAUUUCAAGCAGGAUAUCUGGUAUUACAAUAUUAUCCUUGGGUAAUUCUAUUCCAGAUAUUACAGGUACAUAUCAGUCUAUGAAGAAAGAUGCAACCUCUUUAGCAAUCGGUGAAUUGCUUGGUGGCUUAUUAUUCGUUUUAACUGUAGUAAUAGGACUGAUGGCAUUGUCAAGAACAAUUGUACUGACCGAUAAAGAUCUCGAAUUAAAUGAUACUAGUGAUAUUUCAAAUCAUGGAAUCUCAACAAAGGAAAAAAUAGGGUUUCAUUCGAAAAAAUAUUAUAUCCAUGAUAUUUUAAUAUUUACUGUGUUGAUAUUAAUAGCAUUUUGGAUAUUAUCCGAUGGUACUUUAGCAUUUUGGGAAUGCUUGCUAAUGUCCUUAUUCUAUAUCGUUUACGUUAUUUAUCAAAUUAACGACUACACCGAAAGUACCCAUACACCUGAUUCGGAAUCUUUGAUAUCUCAAGAUCGGAUAGCGCAUCCAAACAAUGGUAUAAAACAAUUUUUUGGUUUCUCAAAUAUUCACAACAAUAUACUAUUAUUUAAUAAAGGUAUCCAAACCAGGCGGGAUAUAAUAAGCAAAAGAGUUAGAAAUCAUUUUAAGAAGAAUAGUCAUGGCUGGAUCCGUAUGACUCUUAAAGAUUUGUUAGAUAUCUGGGGAAAUGAAAAUGAAUUUAAUGAUGAAAUUUUCUUAGAAACUAAUAUAUCAAACAACAGACUCCAAUCGUCUCUUCAGCCAAUAUCUUCUUUACAAGAACAGAAACGAUAUUCUAGCAUACCGCCGAUUGUUAUAACGGAUAGCAAUUAUGAUAAUACAAAUAGAGAUAUCGAAACAACCGAAACUGACAAUUUAGACUCUAACACACCAAACUCAAGGCCACAACUAAAUCGCCCAAUUACUCAAAAAUCUUUGAGUUGUAAUCAUUUACCGCAUUUGCUUAUUCCAAUUUCACCCUCCCAUAGCCCAGCAGUAGUCUGUAGUCCAGAACCCUUAGUAUUGGAAACACCUACAGUAGAUUACUUAUACCAUGGCUAUGAAGUUUACAACGAGUUAAUCAAUUAUCCACCAAAGACUGUGGAUCAUCAAUUUCUAACCAUGUUGUUCACUGCUCCAUUAUCUGUAUUACUAAAUGCUUAUUUGCCAGCAAUUAAUAUCACUCAUGUGAACAAGAAGUUGUCGCCGGUGACUUCAAUUAAGUUGGUAUUAUCUCCAAUUAUAAUCAGUGUAUUAUUGUAUCAAUGUUUGACAAUCUGGGCUAUAAUAAUGUGUAUUCCAAUUAUUAUUCUUCUGACGUACUGGGAAAAAGCCAACAUUUAUAGAUAUAAUUCGAAUGUUGUUGCAAUCAUUGAAUUCAUAGUUUCCCUAUGUACCAUAAGCUAUUCUGUCAAACAUGUUGUUCGAAUUUUAACAAACUGGACAGAAAGGUACAACCUAACACAGGAAAUCCUAGGCUUAACUAUUUUUGCCUGGGGUAAUUCAGUGGGUGAUUUGAUUUCAAAUGUAACCUUUACACAGCUUGGAGCAAUAGACAUAGCAAUAAGUGCAUGUUUUGGGGGUCCUUUGCUUUGCUUUCUCUUUGGUCUUGGCAUAGAUGGACUCUUAAUUUUGUUGAAUAACUAUGGUCAAGAGGACAGUUCCAUUUGGAAAACAUCAUUGGUUUUCAAAACUGAGAGACAUUUUUACAUCACAACAGGUGGCGUCAUUAGUGCCAUUAUUGUAUUAACUAUUGGAGUCCCAUUGAAUGGAUGGGUAAUUGAUAAGAAGAUUAGUGUUAUAUUACUAUCUAUAUACCUACUGAUAACUGCAUUAAAUGUAUAUAUAGAAGCAUGCAAAUAA